GAGACAGAUCGGGACACAACACAACCCAAAUCGGGGGUUUCUAUUCAAAGCCAGCUGGUCUGGCUUUAUCGAUGCAGGCCAUUUCUGUUCCUUUUCGUCUUUCUUUUUUCUUUUCUUUUCUGUAUUUGACUUUAUUAUUAUUUUUUACCUGUGACUGUUUUGAUUAUUUGGCCCACAGCAGGUGCUGAAGGGUGUAACUUCCUGGGGAAGGACGCAACGGCACUGGUGCCAAACUAAUACAGGAAAAACGAACAAACUUAAACCUCUGAUGGCAUUUCUGGUGGUGCACUGAAGGACAAAACUGGACAGGAAGCUCUGGAGCUGAAGCGUUGAACAGAAGGAAACGUGAACGUGGAGUGGAUGCUGGUAUCUGUGAAUUGAGAGGAGCACGUGUGUAGAAAGGACAGGAAGACUGAUUUGAGGAUACUCAGAGAGAAGAAAGGAAGCACAAAGAAUUUUGGGGAGAGGAAAAAAGAGAAGACGGGGAAGAUGGGGAGGAAAAAGAUUCAGAUCACGCGGAUAAUGGACGAACGCAACAGACAGGUGACGUUUACGAAAAGGAAGUUUGGUUUGAUGAAGAAGGCCUACGAGCUGAGCGUACUGUGCGACUGUGAGAUCGCCCUCAUCAUCUUCAACAGCACCAACAAGCUGUUCCAGUACGCCAGCACCGACAUGGACAAGGUCCUGCUCAAAUACACCGAGUACAACGAGCCCCACGAGAGCCGGACCAACUCCGACAUCGUGGAGACUUUGAGAAAGAAGGGGCUAAACGGCUGUGACAGCCCCGACCCGGACGCGGACGACUCCGUGGGCCACAGCCCCGAGUCCGAGGACAAGUACAGGAAGAUCAACGACGACAUCGACCUGAUGAUCAGCAGGCAGAGACUGUGUGCUUUGAGCAAGAAGGAGAACAAGGGCUCAGAGAGCCCGGAGCUUGACUCCUCUUUCACGCUCACCCCGCGAACCGAGGAGAAAUACAAACAAAUUAACGAGGAGUUUGAUAAUAUGAUCAAGACCCAUAAAAUCCCUCAGGCCAUGCCUCCCUCUAACUACGAGAUGCCAGUGUCCAACCCCAACAGCCUGAUCUACAGCCACUCCGGGGGCUCCCUGGGGAACCACAACCUGCUCCCCCUGGCCCACCACUCGCUCCAGCGCAACAGCAUGUCCCCUGGAGUCACCCACCGGCCCCCCAGUGCAGGCAACACAGGAGGCCUUAUGGGUGCUGACAUGUCGACUGGUGCUGGCACCAGCGCUGGGAACGGGUAUGGGAACCACCGUAACUCCCCCAGUCUGCUGGGCUCCCCGGGGAACAUGAACAAGAGCCUGCAGGCCAAGUCCCCCCCUCCCAUCAGCCUGGGCAUGGGCCGCAAGCCUGACCUAAGGGUGCUGAUCCCCCCCGGGGCCAAGAGCACCAUGCCCUCCAUCAACCAGAGAAUAAACAACUCACAGUCUGCUCAGUCAUUGGCUACCCCUGUGGUUUCUGUAGCAACGCCCACCCUGCCUGGGCAGGGGAUGGGAGGAUACCCGUCGUCUAUCUCCACCACAUACGGUAAUGAGUACUCGCUCAGCAGUGCGGAUCUGUCCUCCCUGUCAGGCUUUAACAGUGCCAGUGCCCUCCAUCUUGGCUCUAUGACCGGCUGGCAGCAGCAGCACCUGCAGAAUAUGCAACACUCAGCCCUCGGCCAGUUAGGAAAUUGCACUAGCACUCACUUAUGUCAGAGUUCAAAUCUCUCCCUGCCCACUGCUCAAAGCCUGCACAUCAAGUCCGAACCUGUUUCUCCUCCUAGAGAUCGCACCAGCAGCACCCCGGGGGGCUACCCGCCGCAGCAGGCCCCCCCGUCACGCCACGAUUCGGGCCGCUCGCCCGCCGACAGCCUGAGCAGCUGCGGGAGCUCCCACGAGGGCAGCGACCGCGAAGAUCACCGGGGCGACUUCCACUCGCUGGGGCUGCGGCCCUCGCUGGACGAGCGGGAGAGCCCGUCCGUCAAACGCGCGCGCCUAUCCGAGGGCUGGGCCACAUGAUAGGCCCCGCCCCCCCUCCUCACGGCCCGCCCCUAUUCGCUCGCUCGCCCGCCUGAACACCCGCCGGACCCGCCCUCCCCCCCCCUCUCUCUCUCUCUCUCUCUCCCCCUGGCUCGCUCGUCGGGGAGAUCCUUUUAAAAAAUUUAACUUUAAAUAUUUUAUUAUUAUUAUUAUUUUAUUUUUUUUGCAGAGUGUGUGUGCUAUACAUAUUGAAGUGG